AUGCGGGCCGGCGGUGCCGGCGGGGCCGGCGGUGUAGGCGUAGGCGGCGACGGGGGAUCAACCGAGGGCGAAGCUGGAGAAGAGCCCGUCGAGGAGCCGGGGUCAGGCGCAUGGGCUGCGCUCACUGACGGGGCUGUAGACUCAACGCGAGUAGGAGGCGCCGUGACUGCCGGUGACGAAGCGGUCAGACUGGCCGAGGAGCCUGGCGCGGCAGGCGAAGGCGUCGGGUCCGAUGCCGCGGACCCUGUAGGGGCCGCGGAGCGGGAUGAGGAGGAGGCCCCCGACGAGAGCCGACCCUCGGGGUCGGGCGCCCAGGCGCGGUAG